AUGAGUGGAGUUUACAAUGGUUGGUCCAUCGACGAUGCUCUAAGACACUAUUUAAGAACGCUAUCACUUCCUGACGAUACACGGAUUCUCAAAACACAUCUUGAAGAUUUUUGUGAUUUGUACCGACAACAAAAUAUGGAUUUGGAUAUUAACCAAGACGAUUUACAGUCUCUAUGCCAACUUUUGAUCAGCCAAGAACUAGCUAAAUCUCAUGUCGCUAUAAAAAAAGAUAUUCCAAUGACCAAAUCUGAAUUCAUUGCAGCUCUACAAAAUGUCAUGCCGGGUGCUCCUGCGCUUCUUGCUUCAAUUUUAUUUGAAAACUUGAGCGGGAAAAUAUACAUGGGCAACCACGAAAUAGGCAGAAAUGGAAAACAAUCAAAUCUUGUUUUUCAUAGUUUGAAUCAGCCUGUUUUUUCUGUAGGAGCAAACGAUCAUCAUCGGAAAAUUGAGUUUUCUAAAAACAGUCGUCAGUAUGGUUGCUCAACCAACUGGUUUCUUAAAUUGAUGCGACAUGACGAUAUUAAAUUAUACAAGGACAUUAAGAAAAUUGGAGCCAUCACAUACAUAUAUCCAACAAAUACGGAUAAAGAUGAAAGCAGCCCUCGACUCAGUAACUCGUCAACAAAAACAAUAACCCCACGAUCGUCAGAAGUUAUCAAUACACUUUCAAUAGUGCCAUCACCGAGCAUAUCAGUAGCGUUGGCUAUGGCACCCGAUACAAAUUGCUCAACUCCACCCUCUUCACUUCCAUCAGGAUAUUAUCCUCCAUCAGCCUUGUCGAUUGCAAUUGCAACAGCUGUACUUACACCCGUGUCAGCAAAACGUACCUUGUCGGGUACUUUUCCAACUGAUUUAACACCAUCACCCGAUUUGAUUACAUCGAUAAGCAACAUUCAAUCUACACCCAUUUAUUCCAAGCAACCCGCUACCAAUUCAAAGUGCAAAUACACUGGUAGUCGUGAACGUGUGCGAUCCCUCACAACCAGUCCAGACGAUUUUGUAUCCCCUUGCAUUGUCAAACAAGCUGUGCUUGAUCAACGAUGCAAUAGUUUGAUCAAGUUGAAAUACGAGUGCUUGGGUGGAAAGGUCGAAGCGGAAAGUAUUCUGCUUACACCUAGAUCAUCCAAAAAAAUGCUUUUAUCAAAAUGGCUCAAGGUUUGGAUGGUAGCAGAUGGAGCGAGCAUUAGAAUGUUUCGCGACUGGAGAUGGUUUGUCAAAAACAAGGAAGUGGUGAAACGUCUAGAUAUUCCUGCUCGGUUGGUAUCAUUCAAGAAUGAGCCGAAAAGCGAGGUAAUCAAUCUCGAUGGAGCCAUUGCUGUUCACGAUCCAUCAUUUACUUAUGAGUGCUACCAUACGUUUAAAAUCCAUUUGUUGCAAUCAGGGCAAACGCUCAGCUGUCGUCUUAAGCCAUACGAACAAGCCAGGCAAUGGGUUCAAACAAUCAAUAUGGCUUCGGCGUACAGAUCUAUAAAUAUUUCUCCUCCAAUUGAUUUAAUCAUGGCGUAUGGUCUUGGUUCAUGGACGGUUGAGCCCGUUGUAAGAAUGAAAAGCUUGUAUUUUAGUCAAAACUCUGUGGCAGUUGCUGGAGAUAGAAAAAAGAAUGUUGGUGAAGCAAAUCCAGCAAAUCCAGCAAAUCCAGCAAAUCGGCAAUUUAUCAUCACUUCUACAGCCAAUCAACUUAAAUCCAAAAAAGAAACAGCAUUGCAAACCGAGCAAUCGCUACGGACAUCUAUCGAGCUCUUGAGUCGAGUACGUACACAUACCAUUACGUCAACAACCAAGCUCAGUGUAUUUCUGAUGACUCAAGUGGAGUACUUUCGCAUGCUUCAUCUCUUUAAUCAGUAUAUAUCCAGCCAGAUUGAGAUUUUUUUAAACGAGUCGCAUCUACUUGCAACCACGCCAUCAAGACUUCAGCCCAAAUUGUCAGAAAAAGGAGCUGGAUUUUCACCAACAUUUGAGUUGCCAAAAACAGUGGUUCCUGGCGCAUCAUAUGUAGCUCCGACGUAUUCAUCUAAACCAGGUGGAAAUGUAGCGGGUUUGAGCAAACUUGGUGGAUCUACAAGUAUACAUCUACACAAGACAGAUAUACGGCCUAUGAAUCGGUUAUCAGACGUCAAGGAAAUGAGCGGAAUUGAUCUUAUUGGCGCUAAGGAUAUUCUUGGAAGUACAGAUAUACAUGAAACGUAUACACAAGCGGCUGAAUUUUAA